AUGCCAAAACCAAAUAAAGAGAAGUGGAUAGAUAUUUCUGAGACUUUUUAUUCCAAAACAAAUUUUCCAAACUGUCUUGGAGCUAUUGAUGGCAAGCACGUCAGAUGUAGAAAUUCAGAAAAUUCUGGCUCUGUGUUCUACAACAAUAAAAAAUAUUUUUCAAUAGUAUUAAUGGCAGUGGUCGAUGCUAAUUUAAAUUUUAUAUACAUCGACGUAGGCGCAUAUGGUCGUGAAGCCGAUUCUACCGUUUUUCGUCAGAGUGUAUUUGGAAAAAUGUUAUACUCGCAACAGCUUCAAAUUCCGGACCCAGUUGCAUUGCCUUUGACUGAAAAUAAUAUUCAACCAUUUGUUUUUGUUGCUGAUGAAGCAUUAUCGAGGGCAAGACGUACCGUCGAAUGUGCUUUCGGAGUUUUAGCCAAUAAAUGGCGAGUUUUGCACACGACGAUUUUAGUGGAACCAAAUUUUUGCGAUGACAUUAUUAAAGCAUGUUGUGUUCUCCAUAAUUUUGUUCGGAAGAGAGAUGGGUAUAAUUAUGAUGAAGAAACUGAUGUGCAUAAUUUGGAUAAUUUGACAACACAUGGAAGAAAUGUUAACAGAAGUGGAAUAGACGUAAGAGACAAUUUCGCUGAUUAUUUUAUGGCUGAUGUAGCGGUACCUUUCCAAUACAGAAUGUUUUAG